AUGCGCGCCCGCCCCAUCCCCCACGCGAGCCCUUCCCUUCCUCUAUUUGUGCUCUCCCCUUCCCCCUCGCAUUUUGCGUGCUCUUUCCCCCUCAAUGCGCUCACUCCACCUCCCCCGUCACUGUCACUCCCCUUCCUCGUCGCGUUCUCUCCCCUUCCCCCUCGCUACCGUGCUUGUUCCCCUCCCCGUGCUCGUUCCCCCCACAUGCGCUCCCUCCACUUCCCCGCCACUCUCACUCAGCUACCUCAUCGCGUACUCUCCCAUUCCUCCUCGCUAGCGUGCUCGUUCCCCUUCCAUGGGCUCCCUCCACUUCCCCCGUCACUGUCACUCCCUUUCCUCGUCGCGUUCUCUCCCCAUCCCCCUUUGCUAGCGUGCUCUUUCCCCCCCAAUGCGCUCACUCCUACUCCCCCGUCACUGUCACUCCCCUUCCUCGUCGCGUUCUCUCCCCUCCCCCCUCGCUAG